AUGGCAAAACGCCACAGACAACCCAAUGACGACGACGACGACCAAGGUCGCCCAACAAAGCGUCAACGUCGACACCACUGGGCUCAAGCCAGAAGCGCACUCACACAGCUGAUUCUCGCCUAUCUAGCAGCGCUGGAGAAUCAGCAUCGUCUCCAGCAGACCGGGAGCCAGGCCAACUGCAAUACCGGUAUCGUGGCAGCGGCCAAGGCGCUGGAGCCUCACGUGGAGAUCUGCCGCUUUCCCUACAGUGUGGCUACUCCAGGGACCGAGGAGGACGCGAGCCCAGAGCCGAGGGAAACGCAGCAGGCUGGGGCGGAGCGGGAAGGCCCAGAGGAGAAGGAUGCGGAGCAAGGAGAAGAACAGGAAGCUAGAAUGACUUUCGCAGCCGAGCAGGAAAUCGAGGCAGGAGCAGUUCCGGAACAAGAAGCACCAGAGCAGGCGGAGCCCGAGCGGGAGACUCUGCAGCAGGGCAACGCAGCGGAGUCGAAUGGGCAGGAGGAAAGCAAGGACGAGUCCAAGCCAGUCAGUGAGAAGUGA